AUGAUUUCUGACUACGAUGCUCUUUUGCAAUUCAACAAAAAACCUGUUUCGCAAGAAAUGAUUCAGUUCUUAGCCACUUCUACUGCUUCCAUAAUUAAAAUCAGGGAAAAUAAUAAUCCAAUCCAAGGAUGUCGCCCACCAGACUUAUCUAUCUUCAUUAAAAACGUGGUAAUUCAGUCAAAUGUUCAAACACCAACUUUAAUGGCCACAUCAGUUUAUUUAAACAAACUGAAAAGCGUAAUACCAAAAAAUGUGUACGGUAUUAACACCACAAGACAUCGGAUAUUUCUCGGAUGCUUGAUAUUAGCUGCCAAAACUCUGAACGAUUCUUCUCCCUGGAACAAACACUGGACCACGUACACAGAAGGUUUACUCAGAAUACGUGAGGUGAAUACCAUCGAACGAGAACUAUUAGAAUAUUUAAAUUGGGAUGUGAGGAUAACUACACCGGAUUUGAUUGAUUCUCUUUCUUACUUCCUCGGGCCUAUCAAGGAACAACUAUUUUUACAAAGGAGACAAGAAAUGCUGUUGUUCAAUGCACCAAGUCCCGGCCAACUGAAAGAAUAUAUAAAUCAUAGAAGACCGGUUUCGCAUUCUAGAACUUCUUCUGCUAUAUCGGUUCCUUCACUGACAUCCAUGGCAACAGUUUCGACAACAGACUCAAGGUCUUCUCUACUGGCAAAAUACCAACCGUCCCUACCGUUGGUGGAAUCUGACAACUUCAACAAAAAAAAUCAUGUGCCGUUAAGGAAUAAUAACGAUAUCUGUAAUAAUUUCAGGGCAGAGGAAAACAUACACUCAGUAAACCAUAUUGAUGUAACAAUGGGAAGUUCACCAGUAAUGUCGCAUAAGCCCACAAUUCACCAACGGUUAAAUUUUACAAGGAGGGGCUGGUCAUCGUUUUUCAAGCAAUAA